UAGGGACCUGGGGAGGGUGGGCAGGACGAGGGCGGCGGAGGUUCUACCCGGGCGAAGGUCAGCGGGUUCGGCAGGUCGCAUUCCGGGCGCCGGCGGUCAGAAGACCCAAGCGUGGACGGCCGGGACCCCCGAGCAUCCCGGGACCCGCUUCGAGGCGGGAUGGCCGAGCCAGCGGCGCUAGGACCCCUGGGCAGAGCCUCGGGGAAGGGAGUCGGUGGGCGGGGGGCAAUACCUUACAUGGUGCACCCGCCCCCCUCCCGUGGUCACCAUCUGAGUCCGCUGCCCAAAAUAGCCCCCGGCGCCCGCAGGUCUGCCCCAUGGCCGGGAGAUGGCUGCUGUCUCCGACCCCGUGGGGCUGGGUGCGCCGUGGGGACCGGCGCGCCCCGAGCCCCCUCCCACCCGCUUCCACCCAGUGCAUGGUGCCAACAUCCGCGUGGACCUCUCCGGGACGCGGGCCACACGCGUGGAGAGCUUCGCCCACGGCGUGUGCUUCAGUCGCGAGCCGCUGGCCCCCGGCCAGGUGUUCCUGGUUGAGAUCGAGGAGAAAGAGCUGGGCUGGUGCGGGCACCUGCGCCUCGGCCUGACCGCGCUGGACCCCGCCAGUCUGGCCGCCGUGCCCGAGUUUUCGCUACCCGACCUGGUCAGCCUCGGGCACACCUGGGUCUUCGCCAUCACGCGCCAUCACAACCGCGUGCCCCGGGAGGGCCGCCCGGAGGCAGAGGCCCUGGCCCCCAGUCGUCCCCCAGCCCUCCUGGUGGAACCGUAUCUCUGCAUCGAGCAGUUUCGCAUUCCCCGCGACCGCCUGGUCGGCCGCAGCCGGCCGGGUUUGUACAGCCACCUCUUGGAUCAGCUCUAUGAGCUGAAUGUGCUGCCUCCGACCGCGCGCCGCAGCCGCCUGGGCGUUCUCUUCUGCCCGCGCCCGGACGGCACAGCUGACAUGCACAUCGUCAUCAACGGCGAGGACAUGGGCCCCAGCGCCCGGGGGCUGCCAGCCGCCCAGCCCCUCUACGCGGUGGUGGACGUCUUCGCCUCCACCAAGAGCGUGCGCUUGGUCCAGCUGGAGUAUGGCUUGCCGUCCCUGCAGACCCUGUGCCGCCUGGUGAUCCAGAGGAGCGUGGUGCACCGGUUGGCCAUUGAUGGGCUCCAUCUGCCCAAAGGACUUAAGGAUUUCUGCAAGUAUGAGUGAAGGCCUGCACCACCCUGGAGCAGGGCCACGCGAGUGCAUCCUGGCUCCAGAGGCGUGCCUGCCCUGAAGCUGGCCACACUGCUGCCAGCCAGGAUGGAAAUAAACACAGCUGAUGUUGCCACCGAUCCUUGGAGGGUCUUCUUGCCCCUGAAGUCUGUGAGGGGCAUUUCUUUUAGAAUCACUGGGGGUCAGCAGGGCAGGUGAGAGAAAGGGAGCAUUUCGACAUCACCUAGACCAGUGACUCCUAGCCUGACUACUCGUGAUCUAAGACAGACUGCCAGCGCUCUGGGCCCUGAUACCAGAGAUUCUCAUUUGAUUUGUCAAAGGACAUUGUUUUUGCAAAAGUUCCCCUCGAGAUACUAAGGAAUAGCCAGGGUUGAGAAGCAUUUC